UCCAGUAACGCGUUAUGCUGUUUACAAAAGCCCAAAUCAGCCCCUCGAGCGCAUGCCAUCCAAUCCGCAGCAGGAAUUUUUGAUGGAAUGCAGCGUCGGCCAAUCGCCGUGCAGCGGAGGCGGGCUUUAACAGCCAGCAAGCCUUCCAGGAGAAGCCGUUUACAAGACCAACGAACACAGCAACACGACAAAUACAAACAAACUCCCUCAAGUCUGGUUAUAAGAGCUGACUUUUUAAAGCAGAUAUUUCCUUUUUUCCCCACUUAUGUUUCAUUUCGCUUGCCUGAAACAUAAAAGUUAGCACAGAUACCAAACGCUACGUUAUUAGGUAGUUAGGUUAGCGUUACUUUCAGCUGAUAGUUCGUCUGUGAAGUGUCGCGUCGUUAAUGGCCAGUAAAUAAUGAUAAUGUCAGCUUGAGGUUUUCGUAAAAUAAGAGUUUUUGUAGAGUUAUACGACUGAGACAGUCUCUCAGAACGCUCAAAAUGGACACUUAUAACUUCGACCUGAAAACCAGCCUCUCUGCUCCUGUAGGGAAGUCAGUGAAACGCUUGCUGGAUGAAUUCAAAAGUCUCUACGAGGAGAAGCUGCAGCGUCUCGAGAGUGAGAUCAAAUGUGGCUCACAAGCCGAGAGUCUGCGGAUGAAGGUCCGUAUCCUGCACUCAUAUGUGAACGACCUGAGUGACCAGAAUCAAGUCUUAGUCCAGACAGUGGAGGACCUUGAGAAGGAAGCAAGUGAGAAGGUCGCCAGCUUGGAAGUGAAAUUACAAGCUGGGGAUAAAAGCAUUCAUGAUUUGAACCAUGAGAGGAGGUGCCUUGAGGAGGACAACAGGCAUCUGAGAGCUGAGCUCCAAGCGCUGAAGGCUGACACUUUCACUCUCGCGCAGGUCAUGGGGGUUACCUUACGGGCAGUGCCACUGGAGAGGACCACUGACCGCUCGGCUCACAGUGCUCAAUCACCGCAGAAGCCAGGGGACCUUAUGAAGGCUCAGGUGGAGGAUCUGCGGAAUCAGCUGAAGGCCAAGAACGGGAUUAUUCAAAGUCUGCAAGAGGAAAUUAAGACGCUUUUGUUCCACAGUGCCCAGAAGAAGAAUGAGUUGUUGGAGAAGAAGGAAGCCAUGCUGCUGCUGCGGAAGCCAGAGCUGGAGACGGCUCAGAUCACCAGCGGAGAUGUCAUCGGCAAACCACACUCCGUGCUUUGGGUAGCGCACCAGGAAGCAGUAGCCUCUGAUGGAGAGCAGAGCAGGAGGAUCGUGGAGGUGCCAGCUGAGGUUGGAAACCCAAAAGAGGAGCGAGUACGCAAACCCAGUGAGCAGUUGCGGAAGCAGGAAGGGAUUGUGGGUAGAAUCCUGAACUCUCAGAGACCGAACGAGCUGGAGAUGUCCAAACUGACCUCUCCGGUAGAACAUCCACAGCUUCAUCAGGGCAAGGCCAGGAACUCCAGCGCGCACUCCACAAGCCAGGACCCCUGCGAACAGAAGCUCUGCGGGCCGGACAAUAGCAGGCCUUGUGAAGCGGACUGGGCCGUUCUGCAGGAUUCUUCUGAGGGCCUUCAGUGGAAUUUCAGCCACCAGCAAGAGCGCCUCCUUCAGAGCCACAAACAGCUCUGCUUGAAGCGCGAGCAGGUGAAAAGAAGAGAAGAAAAGGCCAAAGCAGCCAGCCCCGAGCUGCAGGAGCGAGAGGAGAGGAUGCGGCAGUUACAGUUGGACACUGCCUCUUUACAGGCCACUCAGAAUUGCAUGAGGAGGGCACUGGCUGGGAAAGAGCAGCAGCUGGUUAAAGAGCACGGCCACACUCUUCAGAGCCUCCAAAACCAGUUGCAGACCAGCGAGGAGAAAGUUAAUAGCCUGGGUUUAGAAGUCGGCCUGCUCAAGUCCAAAUUACAGGAAAAGACGGAACAAUCUCAACAGCUGCGAGAUCAAAUUCUUAAGCAGCAGGAGGCUUUAAGUAGGGCAAGCGCAACUCUUAAAGACACCAGGAGAGCAGCUGGCAAUAAGAUACACAAGAGAGAAAACAAGCUGUCUGUGGCCCAGAAGCAAUUACAAGAGGCCAAAAAACAGCUCGCUGACUGUAAAAAAGAGUGUCUCCAGAAGCAGAAGGAGCUGGAGAAGUUGCAGGAGGAGAAUGCAGAGCUGACAGUCCAGUUGAAGGAGCACUCGCAGGAGCUCCACAGGCUGAGCGGUGAGAAGAGGAAAGUGGAGCUGGAGCUCACUGUAAUCACUGAAAAGCACAGAACCAACCAACAAGAGGUGGCUGGCCAGGAUCAGGUGAUUCUCCAGCUGAAAACGGAGCUCAGAGUCUCUGAGGAGAAGCUUCAGGGAGCGCAGAAGGAGCUGGUGCUGCAGGAGGCUGAGGUCAGUAGGCUUAAUGAGAGGCAAAGGAGGCAGCAGGAGCGGUUACAGGAGCUGAGCGAGAUGUGUCGCCAAGGAGACGUCCAGUUGGACCUGAAAGAGCGGGACAGGCAGCAGCUACAGAGCCAACUGCAGCUCACCCAGCAACAGCUGAAGCGUCAGACUGAGCGAAUGGAGCGGACAGAGAGAGAACUGACCACUUCUCGGCAGGGUCAUGCUGCUGAUACAGAGCGCUGGAGCCACAGGAACCUGCUGCUUCAGAAGCAGCUCCAGCACGUCCAGGAGCAGAGCGCUCAGCACAGCCGCGUUCUUCUCGAGCUCAGAGACAACCUCGACCAGUCCCAGCGUGCACUGCAGCUAAGCCAAGAGAAGAUAACAGUAUAUGAGGACCAGUUGAAGGAGCGUGGUGGUGAGAUGAGCCUUGUGAAGCAGCAGCUGGAGGAGGUUCAGGAAGAGCUGAGAGAGAGCAGGACAUCUGCCCAGAGUCACCAGUCCACAGCAGACAUCUUCAAACAGAAAUACAUGGCAGCCAUGGAGAAAGUUCAGCAGCUGCAGGCCCAGAGCCAGAGGAUGGAGGAAGAUGCGCAGCUUUCUAAGAAACAGGUCAAGGAGGCGCAAGCAGAGGUUAGCAGUUUGAGAGAUGAAAUGGCCAGUUUGGAGAGUCGCUACAAGAAGAAAGCCAGCCAAAUGGAGCACUGGGAAGAGGCAGUGGAGCAGCUAACGGAGGAGCUUCAGGCUGCCCUGGACAGCCUGAGGACUCGAGAAGAGAGAAGCCUCCGGUGCGAAGAGGAAAUGCAGAGAUUAAGAGUGAAAGUGGACAGUCAGCAAAAGCAGAUAUGUGGUUAUGAGGGGAAAUGUCUCCAGCUGCAGACAGACUUCACAUCUUACCAGGGUGACCACAGUCGCUCCAAUGAGGAAUACGAAGCCCUACAGAAGCAGCUUGAUCUCUGCCAGAAGGCCCUGCAGCAGAGAGAGGAGGAGGUAGUACAAGUGAAGGCCGAGUUGCAGCACAUGCUGCUGACUCUCCACAGCAGAAGUGAAGAGGUACAGGAGGUGCGUGAGGAGGUGCAGAAGAUGCUGGAAGAGAAGCAGCGGAAGGAGGAGGAAAACCAGGCCGUGAGAAACCUGCUCACACUACUGGACCAACAGCUUCACCAGCCUUUUGUGCUCUGUACAGAUACAGCGGAUUCUGUAGCAGGGCAGGAGGAGAGAGCAGUGUUCUCGUCCAGUCUGAGGACCACAGAAGAGCAGCUGAGUAAGAGUCUGGAGCAGAGACAGAGCAGUUAUCAGCUCACCCAGCUACAUGAUCUUCUACAGAAGCUUCAGAAAGAGGCCAGCGUUUCUCAGAAAUCUUUACAGAAAGCUCUAGAAGAUGCAGCGGAGCAACAGAGGCGCAGCUGCGAGGCCGUGGCUGAAAGAGAUGAAGCCAGAGAGCAGAUGAGGCAGCAGGAGGCCUUGGUGUGUAAGCUGAGAGAGGAGCUGGAACAGGAACACAGCCGCUAUGAAGAACAGCAGCAUCAGUUAAGCAAACUGAAGCUCCACACGGCCGAUGUGGGUACGGAGAUGGACAGCCUGAGAAUCACAACACAAUACAGAAGCGAUGCACUGGUGAAGAGCUAUGAGGAGUGGGUUUUGGAGCAGAGCCAACAGCCCCAGCAUGACCAGAGAGAGUGCCAGGAGAGCCUAGAGGAGCGCCAUGUCCUGCUGAAGAGGGAGCAUGCCGUCCUGCAGGAGAAAUAUGAGCACAAUGUACGAGAGCUGCAGCAGUUGACUGUGACCCUAGAGGAAGCCCUCACUGAUAAAACACACCUCCAGCAGGAGAGAAUGCAGCUUGUGACCAUCAUCAGCCAAUGGAUCAAACAGCACAAGGCUGCUAGCGAAAGUCUGGCCAGACGAAUCAAAGAACAGAACUGGCUUUUGGCGGCCAUCAGCAGAGAGAAAGAGCCAGUGACAUUACGUAAACCACUUAGCCAAAGGAACAGAGACAACAGGGAUAGAUAUCAGGCAUCUGCAGGAGUGCAGAGAUUCUUCAGAGGAGGAGCUCAGGAGGUUGAAAGUCCGGGUGGAGGAGAGAGAGCGAGAGAUCCAGCAAUUGAAGGCCAUCCACAGUCACUCUGCUAAUCAACAAACACUUGUUAAUCAGCUGCGAGGUCACCUGGAGGUUGAGGAGUGAGAAUACAAAGCCAAAAGAAUACAUGUGUGUGUUGGGAAGGUUGAGGUGGUGAUGGAAAUACUUGGAAACAGAUGACAACUGGUUUAUCAUGUACAGUCACAUACAAACGUGACAUAUUUUAUGUUUUUCCCAUUAUGUUAAAUUUAGCAACUAAACAGUCAUGUUGCAUUAAAAGGAAAGUGCAGAAGUGUGCUCAGUAUAAGGGAUGUGUUUAUGUAUUUUCAUCAUAAAAAUCAACAAAACUGUCAGGGGUGCCUAAAAUUUUGCUUACAACUGUUUUACAUGCGCAUGUUUUAGUUGGAGUCACAAUAUGUUCUUUGUUAAUCAUUAUCAUGAUAUUGGCUGUUCUAACACACUCGUUUCAAACAGUCAGCAUCUUUAAAUUUGAGGGGAGAAAGUUCUGGAAGUACAGGAUAUAAGUAUGUGAUUACUUAUUAUACAACAGGUCCGGCCAUGCAAGCUGAUUGGUUGAGAAGCACUGUAACUGCAGUUAUUUCGCCAUAACAUCACGUUUUUUCACAAACACUGCAUCACUCCACUAAAAUGCCGUUGCUAAGCAAUGAGUUUGACAGCUGUAGGAGAUGCUCAAGUCAUUUGAACAUUUUUACUUCUUACUUCGCCACAAAGAGAAAAUGGGAGCCAGCUGAUGCAGGUCUAGCAGACGGAAGAGCUGAAAAGCUCAAGUAAAGGACUUUAAGGUCUGGCUUUAAGCCACUGAAAAGUGGCCAGCUUAACAUAGCAUUGGUUUUGUUUGUGUUUAUUGUGUAUGAAGCAAAGAUAUGGCUGCUGCAAUCCUGAA